CAGAAGAAAAGCUCGCGUAAAUCCUCCAAUGGCGGCAACGGUCACUACCGGUUACCCGCCGACCGUUCGCCCGCCGGCCGUUCACCCUCUCUCCUCUUCCCGACAAGCCCUUCUUCAUCGGCCCUCCUCCUCGUGCUGUCCUCUUCGGCCUCCGAGAGACGAGCCCGCCCUCGCCUCCUCCAGGUUGCGCGUUUCGCUCCCGACGGUCGGACCGAGAAAGCGGGGAUUGGGUUUGCCUCUGGUGCUCUGCUCGCUCGAGGGUCAAUCCGAGACGGACCAGGCAUCGCCCCCGAGUGAUUCGACCGCGCGUCUUCAUCUUAAUUUGGAACACCCGAGGAGAAGAUUGCUUGUACAAUUCACUUGUAAUGAAUGCGGUGAAAGAACACAAAGGCUUGUGAAUAAGUUAGCCUAUGAACGAGGUCUUAUAUUUGUACAGUGUGCUGGUUGUCUUCGGCAUCACAAGUUAGUAGACAAUCUUGGCCUUGUAGUGGACUAUGACUUGCGAGAAGAAAUUGAGAUGGAGCAAUAAAGAUCAGACCUGUUAAAGUUCAAAAUGGCGAGUACCUCUCCAUGCUGUACUUACUCUUGUUGAAUUGACUGACUUUGUAAAGGUCUUGUUUUGAAUGAAAAAGAAUUGGAAUUGUCCAAUAGUAUAUCAUCAUGGAGAAAGAAUACAAAAAUGCCUUACAA